CCCAGCUGCCAUCCGGACCGAGUGUUGGCCAACCUCCAGCCAUGGAAGAGCUACCGCCCACAGAUGCAGUCGACCAAGAGGAGAUGAAGCACAGCUUCAAGGUCCUGCUAUCUAUGAAGAAGGAGCCCGGCGGACAGCCACUGUUCUAUAAAACGGACGGACAGCGCUUCAAGCGCGAGAAGACCAUCAAACUCAACAGCAAGUGCCAGUAUAGGAUGGACCUUUCCUUUACUCCACCCAGAGGCGUUGAAUCGGUGAACUUCAACGGUGGCCUGUUGGAGGUGCGCGAAGUGACACGGGACAGCACUGCCUCGGCUUACUCCAGCUUCUUCCACACCCAGGACUUCGAUCCCACUAAGAAGGGCCAGCGCAGGGAGGUGUGCGUCCUCAUCACG